ACAAGCCAAGGAUGCCAAUAACUGAAAUAACGGUCUUUCUCUCGAAUCCAAUUUCAAUUUCGAAAAUAAUCUGCUAGCGAGUUUCCAAGAAAAAAUGGCUAAAGAAUUGCUAAAUCUUCGGCUCCAUAUCCUACCUCCCACCUCAGAAUACAGAUAUUUUCCUGCAAUUCAAGCUUCAAACAAAUCCCCGAAUCAUGGGCUUCGAAUCAGAAGCCGUAAUUCGAGGAAAAACACCACCUCCCCAAGAAGAAGGAAGUUUAGAAGCGUCGAGGGUUCAAUUUUGUCAUUUAAAAGACUGCUUUAUUGUGUGAGUUCUGGUUGUUUGGAGACCGCACUCCAACUGUUUGACAAAAUGGAUAAAUCGGACAUUUUUGUUUGGAAUGUGAUGAUUAGGGGUUUAGUUGACUCAGGAAUGUUUCAAGAAGCCGUAGAAAUGUAUUAUCGGAUGCAAAUUGAAGGAAUCGAAGCUGAUAAUUUCACUUUCCCUUUUGUGAUCAAGGCGUGUGUUGGUUUGAAGGAAGGGCAGAAUGUUCACUCAAUGGUUAUUAAGCUUGGUUUUGAUGAAGAUGUGUAUAUAUGUAAUGCACUGAUUGUGAUGUAUGCUAAGGUUGGCUGCAUUGAGGAAUCUGAGAGAGUUUUUGAGAGGAUGCUGGUGAGGGAUUUAGUUUCGUGGAAUUCAAUGGUAAGAGGGUAUGUUUUGGUUGGAGAUGGCCGGAGCUCAUUGAUGUGUUUCAAGAAGAUGCAGAGAGUUCGAGCUGGACUUGACAGGAUCAGUUGUGUAAGUGCUUUGGGUGCUUGUGUGCUUGAGCGUCGUUUGUUGAGUGGAAAGGAGAUCUUUUGCCAAGUGGUUAGAAAUGGGCUUGAUCUAGAUCCGAUGAUUCAGAGCUCGGUCAUUGAUAUGUUUGGGAAAUGUGGUGAGGUUGAUUAUGCUGAGAGAUAUUUCGAGAGAAUUGUAGAGAAGAAUGUGGUCGUUUGGAAUUCGAUGAUUGGUGCAUUUGCAGUGAAUGGUAAACCGUUUGAGUCGUUUUCUUGUGUGGAAAAGAUGCAAGAUGGUGAUAACUAUGUGGCACCGGAUACUGUCACGUUGAUUAACCUGCUUCCUUCUUGCUCAAACCUCAGAGCACUGUUACAAGGCAAAGCCGUUCAUGGAUAUGCGUUGAGAAAAGGGUAUUUGUCUCAUUUAGUAUUGGAGACUGCUCUUGUUGAUAUGUAUGGUAAGUGUGGGAGAUUAGUGCUUGCGGAGAGUGUGUUUUGUCGUAUGAAGGCUAGGAACUUAGUGUCGUGGAAUGCUAUGAUUGCUGCUUUUGUCCAGAAUUCGAAGGAAAGAGAAGCCUUGGAAACUUUUAAAGAUUUGCAGCUUGAGCCUUAUGUACCUGAUGAGAUGACAUUUGCUUCGACUCUUGCUGGCUAUGCUGAAAUCGCCUUACCAAAAGAAGGGGAACAGAUUCAUGCCCUAAUCUACAAAUUGGGGAUUUCAUUAGGUGUUUGUGUGGCUAAUGCAUUGAUCCAUAUGUAUUCCAAAUGUGGGGAUCUUGAGGCUGCGCGUAAAGUUUUUGAUAGAUUGGAGUUGAAGGAUCUUGUCUCGUGGAACACUAUCAUCAUGGCGUAUGCUAUUCAUGGUUUUGGAUCAUAUUGUUUUGGGCUUUUCUCCGACAUGAUAAACGAAGGCCAUGAGCCAAAUGGAAGCACGUUUGUUUCCCUUCUGUCGGCUUGCAGCAUUGCUGGCUUACUAGAUGAUGGUUGGAACUUUUUUGACUCGAUGAAGAGGGAUUAUGGAGUCGAUCCCGGUAUAGAACAUUAUGGUUGUGUGCUUGAUUUAUUAGGCCGUGCUGGUUAUCUUGAACGUGCUAAAUGCCUCAUAGAGGAAAUGCCACUGGAGCCAACUUCUCGGAUAUGGGGAUCUUUGUUAGCUGCUAGCCGGCAUCACAGAGACAUUACGAUGGCUGAGCUGGCUGCAGAUCGUAUUUUCUCUCUAGAUAGUGAUAACACAGGGUGCUAUGUCUUGCUUGCCAACAUGUAUGCUGAAGUCGGGAGAUGGGAAGAUGUGGAACGCAUUAGAAAUUUGAUGAAGAAACAAGGAUUGAAGAUGACCAGCAGCUGCAGCAUAGUGGAGCACAAUGGUAUAACUCACAAUUUCAAGAAUCAUGACAAAACACAUGGUGAGAGCUAUGCUGUCUAUGAAGUUCUUGAUAUUCUUUCAAGAAUGAUAGGCGAAGACAGCCUGCAUUUUUCGGGUGUUUCUGAGCUCAAGCCGGUAGAGUCACUGAAAGCCAGAGGUAAUUCUCCGAUGUUCCACAGUGUAAGGCUGGCUACUUGUUUUGGUCUGAUCAAGACAGCAAGAGGGCAGACCGUGCUUAUAAGAAAGAACGUGAGGUUGUGUGAAGAUUGCCAUUCUGCAACGAAGAAGAUCUCACUCGUUACGAAGAGGGAGAUUGUUGUAGGAGAUUCAAAAGUGUUUCAUCAUUUCAAAGAUGGGAGAUGCUCUUGUGGAGAUUAUUGGUAGUAGGUGGUAGCAUCUCUCGGUUGAUUUUGCAACUUAAUUGAUUCGAAUCAAAUUUGAAUCUUGUUGCCGCGAGCUUUGAGAGGGCAGUGAAAGAUCCACAUCGAUGGGGGCAGCGUGUUAGGAGCUAGCUCGACACACCACAGACUCGGAACAAAAGACAGAUGGAAUCAGAAGACUCAAAUGUAGCAAUAGGAAGGCCAGGUAAGAAAAGGUAGUUACAGAGUUUGGUAAUGUAUGUAUAAUUGAAUGCAAUUGUAUAAAAUGUCUUAUUCACAUAUAUGUUUGAUUAUUUAGACAAUAUCUGUUGUAUUCUAGACCUAAAGGGUUGGCUUCUCACAUGCAA